CUUUUUGGUCUCUCAAUUCCCCAUCUUCCCACAGCACAGAAGCCCAUCGAAUCCACUAUUGCAUUCGCACACAACCCAGGCCAUAACAUAUACUCAUCCACUCGCAUUGUUCCUCCCCUCACCACUAUGGCUCCUACUAUUAUUCACCCCUCUCUCACCACCAAAAAACAACCUUCUUCGCCCUCACCAUCCAACGGGGGGACAUUGACUUGCCAUUGCUCUACCGCACCCGUCCGCGUCAACCUUUCCUCCAACGUCCUACACAAUCACUUUUGCGGCUGUUCCAAGUGCUGGAAACCCCAGGGCUCGCUCUUCUCUCUUGUCGCCGUAGUCCCGCGCGACAAUCUCUCCAUCACUGCCAAUGGCCAUAAACUCUUCAUCGUCGACAAGUCCGCCGCAAUUCAGCGCUACGCCUGCAAGGAUUGCCGUGUGCAUCUGUUUGGGCGCAUCGAGGUCGACCACGCCUUCAAGGGAUUGGACUUUGUGCACACCGAGUUGGGCGAGGAUAAGGAUGCAUGGCAGAAGCCCCAGUUUGCCGCCUUUGUCUCGAGUGUGAUUGAGCAGGGUUUCGAGCCCGACAAGAUGGGUGAGGUGAGGGGGGCUUUUAGGAACCAAGGCUUGGAGUGCUAUGAUGUUUUGAGUCCGGAGCUGAUGGAUUUGAUUGCGGCUUUCACAGCGAGAAAAAAUGGUGCAACACCUUCUUCCAAACUUUAG